GAUUUUCGGUCGAGAUUUUUAACCUGCUCUAGCUCCCCUGCGCCUCAUUGUGCAUGGGAGGAGGAAGGAAGAAGAUGAAGAUAAAAAAGAGGAACAACAUGAAAGAAAAAAAAAAGAAAACCAGCCCCCAGCACCUUUCAACGAAUCCCGGAUCCGCCAAAACAAACAAUUUACACAUUUUCUGCCUGCUGCUCAUACUCACAGUCCAAUGCCAUGUUACCGUGUCGACUCGAAGCACCAAAUGAUCAUAUUCUGUAUGUACCACACGUCCAGAACCAUUAGCCAUUGGCCCAUUUCUCCUACUCUAUAUAUACGCUUCUCCUUCAGCACAACACUUCAGCAAAUCACUACACACACCUUGUCUCUAAUCAGAUAUCAAAGAAGUAGCCAUUAAGUUAACGAUGGCUUCCGCCGACCUCGCAGAGGCCAUCGAGCCCAGCAGGAAGAAGAAGAGCAACGUCAAGUAUGCCUCCAUCUGCGCCAUCCUCGCCUCCAUGGCCUCCGUCAUCCUUGGCUACGACAUUGGGGUGAUGAGCGGAGCGGCCAUGUACAUCAAGAAGGACCUGAAGAUCACGGACGUGCAGCUGGAGAUCCUGAUAGGGAUCCUCAGCCUCUACUCGCUCAUCGGGUCCUUCGCGGGCGCGCGGACGUCCGACAGGAUCGGCCGCCGCCUGACCGUCGUCUUCGCCGCCGUCAUCUUCUUCGCGGGCGCGCUGCUCAUGGGUUUCGCCGUCAACUACUCCAUGCUCAUGGUGGGCCGCUUCGUGGCCGGAGUUGGCGUGGGCUACGGGGGCAUGAUCGCGCCCGUGUACACGGCCGAGAUCUCGCCGGCGGCGUCCCGCGGCUUCCUCACGUCCUUCCCGGAAGUGUUCAUCAACGUCGGCAUCCUGCUCGGCUACCUGUCGAACUUUGCGUUUGCGCGCCUCCCGCUCCGCCUCGGCUGGCGCGUCAUGCUCGGCAUCGGCGCGGCGCCGGCCGGCCUGCUCGCGCUCAUGGUGCUCUGGAUGCCCGAGUCGCCUCGGUGGCUUGUCAUGAAGGGCCGCCUCGCCGACGCCAGGGCCGUGCUGGAGAAGACCUCGGCCUCGCCGGAGGAGGCCGCCGAGCGGCUGGCUGACAUUAAGGUUGCCGCGGGGAUUCCGAAGGGCCUCGACGGAGACGUGGUCGCCGUACCCAAGGAGCGAAGCGGCGGCGAGAUGCAGGUGUGGAGGGAGCUCAUCUUAUCCCCAACACCGGCGAUCCGACGCAUACUGCUGUCGGCCGUCGGCCUGCACUUCUUCCAGCAGGCCUCUGGCAGCGAUUCCGUCGUCCUGUACAGCCCGACCGUGUUCAAGAGCGCGGGAAUCACCGACGACAACAAGCUCCUGGGCGUCACCUGCGCGGUGGGCGUCGCCAAGACGCUCUUCAUCCUGGUGGCCACGUUCCUGCUGGACCGCGCCGGGCGUCGGCCUCUGCUGCUGACCAGCACGGGUGGAAUGAUUGUCUCGCUCGUCGGUCUCGGGACGGGCCUCACCGUCGUGGGGCACCACCCGGACGCCAAGAUCCCGUCGGCCGUCGCGCUGUGCAUCGCGUCCACCCUGGCCUACGUCGCCUUCUUCUCCAUCGGCCUCGGCCCCGUCACGGGUGUGUACAACUCGGAGAUAUUCCCGCUGCAGGUGCGCGCGCUGGGAUUCGCGGUCGGCGUGGCGUGCAACCGCGUUACCAGCGCCGUUAUCUCCAUGACCUUCCUGUCCCUGUCCAAGGGUAUCACCAUCGGCGGCAGCUUCUUCCUCUACUCGGGCAUCGCCGCGGUCGGGUGGGUUUUCUUCUUCACGUGCCUUCCGGAGACCCGCGGUCGUACGCUGGAGGAGAUGGGCAAGCUGUUCGGCAUGCCAGACACGGACAUGGCUGAAGCACACAACGCCGCUGCCAAGGAGAAGGCGGUGGAAAUGCCGGCAGUGCUCGGCAAUGAUUGAUGCAGCGUCUUACCAGAGCAGCGUGGCAAGAUUGGCCUCUGUCCCUUGACUCUGAGGGGUCGCGGUACUGCAGGACAGUGACCGCGUGGUCCAACCAGAGACUCUUCUGCCGGACAGCUGUGCCUUAUUGCUGUCGGCGUGGCGUGUGCUUCGCAAGUUGUGAAGCUGUUUGGCUUGUUCUACAUACCAGAUAGUGAACCCAAAAUGCAAAGAAGUAUCCAGUAGCAACUGGCAAGGGACACGUGGUUCCGUACUAUUUUAAACAAAUAGGAAAAAUAUAUCACACUCUUGAUUCAUUUUUAGAUCCCCCAAAUUUACCUCGAAAGAAAAUCGACACGUCUUGUACCGUGAUCUCGUGGGAGGUUCUAUGUCCCAAUUGAUAUCAUAAGAUUAUACUAUGUUACAAACAAGCAAUAUACAAUCUUCUUUGUUAACUUAA